AUGUCACAUAACUAUCGCACUUUAGAAGUUUAUUCUGGAACCGCAGGAGCCUAUUUAAAUAUACAUGAACCUCCAAAUUGGUUUCAUGAAACCUUAAUUCCCGCCUCCAUUUGGCUAAAACAACACAAUGACCUUAUUAAAAAUUACGCAUCAAAUAUUAACAUUAUUCCUACAUCAUCAGAAACCCCAGUACCUAUUCUACUACCUCUAGCAAGACAAUCAAUUAAUACUCAAGAAUCAUUUCCUAAUCUAUACCGUAGCACCCUUCUCAAUGAAAUUCUACGUCCUUCUGACCUAGUCGUUCCUAAUAACCCUUUCCCGUUAGAAAUCCACGACGAAGACUCAAAUUACAAUCGAUUAAUAGCCAGAUCAAUAAAUACUACUAACCGUCCAAUCUUAUUUAAUAACCCAGAUUUGGAAGCAUUAAUAUUUCUCAACCUAUUUCCUAAUGCUAAAGGUCAUUAUGAAAAUAUUAAACAGCUCUUAAACUUUCACCUGUCAAUAGAAAGUUAUGAAAAAUACAUAAAACUAAGAAUGUUCUGCCCCGAUCCUAGAUUCCGUCUACAUUGGUACUGGCCUCAUUGGUCAUAUCUAAAUCUGGAAAAAAAAAGAAACUUUCAAAAUCAGCACCGUAUAUUAUCAACUCAUAAUGUCAACAAAGAACACCAUCCUACAAAAGCAGAUUUAAUUAGCAAAAGUUCAUAUAAUGAUAAAAACAUUCUAGACGAAUCAAUAACAACUACACUUCCUUCAAGCUUCAGAACCGCCUCUCCCUUUUUCAAAAAAAAACAACUCUAA